UAGGAGUUCCCAGGGAGACGGGGUGGGCAUUAGCAGAAGGAAUGUCUGCAAAAUCAGGAAGACUUAGAAUGAAAAUUGACAUCCUGGUGUCCUGGUGUCCGCAGUUCUAAGAAGCGGGCGAUCCUACGAAAAGCCACUUGAACAGAAACGGGCCUGGGCACCGCUUCCUCUUUCUGCUUCUGUUUCCUAACAACGUCAGCAUAAAUAGGAAGCGCGAGAGGCACAGCCGCCCGAGGCUCCAGCAGGAGGUCGGUCUGUCCCACCAGGGAGAGGCCUAGAGAAGCCGAGUUCCGGAGGGAGGACUCUCGAGAACAGAUGACGAGGACAUAGCCUGGCCCCCCACUGGGGAGGGACACGGGACUCCAGGCCAGGAGGACCCGGGCCCCGCUGAGGCCUGCACCCACCCGUGCUGGCCGCUGCUCAUCCAGAGCUGACCCUGAGAUGGCGCCGCCCCGGUGGCUGCUCCCCGUAGUGCUGCUGGCUCUGUGCUGGGGGCCCAGCAGGGCAGGGGACCCAGACAGGGGAGGGGAGAGCGGCAAUCCCCUCCUGGUCUCCCCCAGGCCGGGGACCGUCCCGCUGCAGACCCUGCGCUGCCACAACGACUACACCAGCCGCAUAGUGUGUGGGUGGGCGGACACCCGGGAUGCCCAGCAGUUCGUCAACGUGACCCUCUACCGCAGGCUGAAUGAUGGCCCCCCGAAGCCCGUGUCCUGUGAGCUCAGUGACGACACGCACUGGCCGGACUGCCCCUCCGCUUCCUGCGUGCCCAGAAGAUGCGUCAUUCCCUACACGCUGUUCGUCAAUUCCGACGAGGACAACUUCUCGUUCCGGCCGGACAGGCCUCUGGGCGCCCAGCUCACCGUUACUCUGGCCCAGCAUGUGCAGCCCCCCGCGCCGACGGACCUCCGCAUCACUGCUGCCGCGGACCAUUUCCAGCUGACCUGGAGUGUGGCCCUCGGGGGUCCCCAGGGCCAGUGGCUGUCAGACCUGGAGUUCGAGGUGGUCUACAGGCGACUUCAGGACUCCUGGGAGGACGCCUCCACCCUCCUCGCCACCUCCCCGCAGGCCGACCUGGGGCCAGAGCACCUCCUGCCCAGCAGCACCUACGUGGCCCGCGUGCGCACCCGGCUGGGCCAGGGCUCGAGGCACUCCGGGAGGCCCAGCCCGUGGAGCCCCGAGGUUCGCUGGGACUCCCAGCCAGGGGACAAGGCCCAGCCCCAGAACCUCCAGUGCUUCUUCGACGGGGGCGCCGUGCUCAGCUGCUCCUGGGAAGUGAGGUCCGAGGUGACCAGCUCCGUCUCCUUCACCCUCUUCUACAAGCCCAGCCCCAACGCAGAGGAGAAGGAAUGCCCCUCCGUGCUGAAGGAGCCCCGCGGCCGCUACAUGCUGCACCGGUGCCAGGUCCCCGUGGCCGACCCCCGGAACCACAGCCAGUACCUCAUCUCCGUGCGGCCCAAGGUGGAAGAGAAGUACAUAAAGAGCUCCGAGAACAUCCAGAUGGCGCCCCCGACACUCAGUGUGACCAAGGGCAGAGACGGCCACAUGUUGCACUGGGAGGUGGAGAAGAUGUCCUUCUCACACAUCGUGCACACCUUCCAAGUCCAGUACAAGAAAGCCGAAGUCUCCUGGCAGGAGAGCAAGACGGAGCUCCUCCCCAACACCCGCGUCAUGAUGCUGCCGCCUCUGGAGCCCUCCACCAGGUACCAGGCGAGAGUGCGGGUCAAGCCGGACAGCGGCUACAGCGGGGUCUGGAGCGAGUGGAGCGAGGAGUGCUCCUGGGACACUGACUGGGUGCUGCCCAUGUGGGGCCUGGCCUUCAUCCUGGUCUUCACCACCCUCGCCUUACUCCCAGCCCUGCGCUUCUGCGGCCUGUAUGGGUACAGGCUGAACCGGAAGUGGGAGGAGAAAAUCCCCAACCCCAGUAAGAGCCACCUGUUCCAGAACGGGAGUGCAGGGCUCCGGCUCCCAGACAGCACGCGCACCCUCACCGGCAGGAGCCCCUCGCACAAGGGGCUGUGGGGCAGCCCCUUCCCUGGGCUGCAGGGGGUGUCCCCUGUGGACUGCAUGCACAGCGAGGUGUCAUAUCUGACUAUAGAGGACCCUAACCACACCUGGGACUCACCGCCUGAGCCUAAAACGACUCCGGCCGCCUCAGACCUGCCUACGGAGCCGCCCCCAAGCCCCCAGCCCUGCCCGGCAGCCGCCUCGAGCAAGCUUGAGGAGAAGGUUUCUGGCUUUGACUUCAACGGCCCCUACCUGGGCCCGCCCCACAGCGUGUCCCUGCCUGAACUUGCGGACCCGGAGGUGCCCCCACAGACGGGCGUGAGCCACAGGCCGCCGUCCUCAGGGUCGCUGGAGUACAUGUGCCUGCCCAAAGGGGAGCAGGUGCGGCUGGUGCCACUGGCCCAGGUGCUGGGACAGGGCCAGGCCGCCGGGGGAGCGGAGAGAAGGCCCUGCCCUGGGGCUGAGGGGGCGAGCCCCUCCCUGGAGGCAGGGACAGACCCUGCCCCCGCUGCACCUGCGCUCAGGACAGGGAAUCAGGGCGUGAAGGGCGGCCCCACGGCUCUGUCUAGGGGGGCUGGGGGCCCUGAGGGCGGCGCCGUGGUCUCUGAUUAUGUCAGCCCUGCGGACCUGGCAUUCACCCCACCCCCAGGGGCACCGGCUGCCCCCUGGGUGCCCCCUCUGGGCCUCCCCUCAGACCAGAACCACAGCCUCCCUCCCGGACUGGCCAGCUGGCCGCCUGAAGCCCCAGCCCCCAUGAUGUCAGCGUUUGACAGCUAUGUGGAGCUCCCUCCGGCCAUGGGCCAGCCCCCGAAGCCCGCCCUGGGCAGUCCUGCCCCUCGCGUAGCCAGCAGCCCCACCCUGAGCCCACAGGAGCCCCGGGUAGAUGUGACCCCGGUCUCCCCGCACCCCGAGGGGCUCCUGGUCCUGCAGCAGGUGGGCGAUUACUGCUUCCUCCCUGGGGUCGGGUCUGGCGUGCUCUCGCCCAAGAGCAAGUCCCCUCCUCCUGGCCCCUGUCCUGAGAUCAGGGACCUGGACCAGGUGUUCCAGGGCAAGAAGCCCCCAUGUCAGGCCGUUCCGCAGGUGCCCGCCAUUCAGCUCUUCAAAGCCCUGAAGCAGCAGGACUACCUGUCGCUGCCCCCCUGGGACGUGGGCAGGCCUGGGGAGGUGUGCUGAGCCCCCGCAGACCCCCCUGGGGACGCGCGUACAAGGAGAGGGUCCGCCUUCCCUCCCGCCUGCCUUCCUCUCACCAGCCUCGGUUUUUUCCGCCCUCGUUUCUACAAAGCCACGGAAAGGAGACC